GACCGAUCCAACAGCCCCGCCGCGACGCGGCGGCGGAUAUAGCACCCUCGGGGUCUCGACCGACGUGAACGAGGCCGACCUCCGCAAGGCCUACCGGCGCCUGGCCCUGCGCUGGCACCCAGACAAGAACCAGGGCGACCCCUCCGCCACCGAGGCCUUCCAGAAGAUCUCCGCGGCGUACGAGGUGCUCUCCGACCCGCAGCGGCGGGAGAUGUACGACUCCACCGGCUGCGUGGACGCCGAGGAGCUCGAGGAGGCGGACCUCGGCCACGCCCAGGACCUCUUCGCGGCCUUCUUCGGCGGCUUCGGCGGCUUCGGCGGCGGCGCGGAGGACCUCGACGAGGACGAGCAGGCCAUGCUGGACGAGUUCCUGCGCGCCGCCGGCGGCGCGGCGUUCCGGCGCGGCGGCGGGCGCCGAGGCAGGAGAAAGAAGGGCCGCGGCUCGCGGCGCGGUGGCGGGGGCACCGCGGGCAGCGCGGCCGCCGCCGACGCGGAGGCGCGGCUCUUCGCAGAGAUGAUGGCGGGGAUGGCGGGGAUGGUCGGCGGUGCGGACGAGCCAGAGGUGGUGGUCCGGUGCGCCGCGGGCCACCCACUGAAGCGCAAGAAGGCGGACGCGGACAUCUCGACGGGCAAGCGCUUCUACGACUGCCGCAAGUGCGAUUAUUGCAUGUGCUUGAAGUGCCACAAG